AUGCAAAAAAACCAUCUAAGGACGUAUGGCAACUCUCGUAGAUAUAUAACAAAUUCAGAACGUAUUUGGGCUCAGUUGGAUGAUCCUGAUUUUCAGAAAAAUGUUGACUUGUACGUCCUUCAAGAAUCCACUGAACGUGAACGAGUUUCUACACAAAUAAAAGACACAAGUGAUCGAAUAGCCUCUCAAACCCGUAGACCUUUGAGACUGAGCGUUUCAAAAAAGAAAGAUCGUUCAGGCGUCCCACCGAAGGAACCUGUCGUUCUCAUUCAAACGUCCUCGAGGCGAGAAAGUCGGGAGAAUCGAGAUAAAAAGAAGAAACGAGAUGAAUUUUACUCCAAGAAGAAAACGGAAACACACGCAUAUGUGAAAGCUGAAAAGGAGAAUCUUGUUUUAGCAGGUUCUCGGCCUCGAAUCGCCCAUUUUGACAUUCCCGUCGUUCAAAGAUGCAAGACCGUCUCGCAAUCCACUUCUAAAAGACAUGUCAAGCUUGACGAUCUUCUUCGGUUCUUGCAUCAAGACGCUGCUUUACCGUUUAAGAGCUAUAUAGAACCGUUUCAAAAGUGGAUCCGCAAAAUUGGAGAAGCUACUUACAGUGAGGUCUAUGAAGUACACACUCGUCGACGGCUCGUAUGGAAGAUCGUUCCUUUUUUGAAAAAAGAACAACUUCGUUGCAUUGACUUGUACAACGAGCUUCGUUCGACAAAAACGUUGGGAGACCUUGACGGUUUUGUUAAAAUGCGAAGGGGUGUCAUUGUUCAGGGUCCUUAUCCCAGAGUUCUUCUAAGAAACUGGGAUAUGUACAAGAACAAGUAUGGAACUCAAAACUACCGGCCUGAUUAUUUCGACAAAGAUCAGUAUUUUUGUAUAUUACAGUUAGAACAUGGGGGUAUUGAUCUGGAGCAUUUUACAAUAUACAGCUGGCAAGAGGCUUGGAUUGUUUUCUCGAAAGUAAUCCAUGCUCUCGCAAUUGCUGAACGCCGUUUUGAGUUCGAGCACCGAGAUUUACACUGGGGCAAUAUACUUGUUCGUCGAAAGCAAGCAAGUACUCAACAAGUCAUUGACUUACUUGGUCGCGUAUCCUUGUCAAACGCCCUAGAUAAAACAAACUCUGCAUCGACUGCAGCCGAAGGUGAUAUCCAGAUUACCAUUAUUGAUUAUACGCUUUCUCGACUACGGUGUACUGAUGGACGCAUACUGUACUAUGAUUUUGAUGACCCAGAAAUCUUUACGGCAGAGGGCGACUAUCAAUUUGACAUUUAUCGUUUUAUGCGUGAUUCAAUAAAGUUAGACUGGGCCUCCUUCCAUCCUAAAACAAAUGUUAUGUGGAUACAUUAUCUUGCUUACCAACUGGUGCACAAGAAGAAUUUACCCAUUCCUAAAAAGGACGAUGAAAGUCGGGAAAACACAUUUUUCAAGUAUUUUAUUAAAGUAUUAAAUGUGAUUCGUCCGGGAAGUAAUAAUUCUUCACGCUAUAAACUGAAUUCUGCCGUGUCGGUGGAACGUUGGAUUUCGGAUGGAUGUCAUCUUCCCAAGACGGCGGAAAAGAAGUUAUUAAGAUAG